GACUUUCGAUGUGAAAGACUGAGGCGCGCGAGCCGCACCGUACCGUCGCUAAUCCAUGGCAUGAAGUGAUCAUUACUACAAAGCCUGACAUUUUACAUUUUAUGUUUUAUUCCGCUAACAACGUUUUGUCCCCAAUGGAGGAGGUGGAUGUGGAGCCGGCGAUCACUAAUAUUCCUGCAGCCAGUCAUAGCAAGCAUUUGGGAUUCGCAUGGGGUCCUGGUGACAUCCUUGUAUAUGAGACCCUGUACAAAACAAUAGGUAGUACAGGCUCUGGUUGUGCAUUCAUCCAUGAGGUCAGGAAAGAUGAAGAUAUAUAUUCCCCUAUUUUACGCAAACUCUUCAAUGAAUCACAUCACAUCUUUGUUGGGCUCCAGACGAUUAGGGAGGACCUUCCCAGCAAAAACAAAAAGUCUCAGUUUGUCAGCAUCAGUAAAAAUUACAGAUCUGUGAUACGCGCUUGUAUGGAAGAACUUCAGCAAGUUGCAGUUUCAACAAAAGAUGCACAAGUGGCCAUGCAAUAUGGAAAUCAGGUGUCCAUUCUGUUGGCUGUAGAGCUCAUCUGGAAUCUGUGUGAAGUGCUUUUCAUCGAUGCUGCGCCUGCGGGUUCCCUGUUGCUCCACCUUCUGGACUGGGUGAGGUUACAUAAGGCUGAUGUGGAUGAGAAGGCCAGAGAUGUGCUGCAAAGCGAGAGUCCUGCUGAGCACCAUGACUACUGGGAUGUGGUGGUGAGUUAUGUGCUGCAGGGUAGGUUGGAAGAAGCCAGACAGAUGCUGGUGAAGCAGGCCACUCUGCAUCCUGCUGCCAGAAACAUGUACAAGUUGAUGGACACUCUGCUCAGCAAGAUGCCCUUCUACAAUCCUGGUGGCACCCAGACAUUAACAGAGUUUGAUGUGAAGUGGAGACACUGGCACGAGGAGGUGGACCGCUGCUUACAGGACAGCUCGUUUGCCAGCAACCAACAUCUGGAGCUCAUCUGCAAGAUCUUAGUGGGGGAUGAAGACACUUUGCUCACACAAAAGGAAUUGCUGAGCACUUGGUACCACUUCCUAGUUACUCGACUGCUGUUCUGCCACCCGACGGUCAAACCCACUGAGAUACAUUACUAUGCACAGUCAUGCUUGAGCAUGUUUCUGGACUCACGGAGUGUCCCAGAGCCACUGGACAGCAUUUUACUGGCUGCCUUUGAGUUUGACAUUCAUCAGGUCAUCAAGGACUGCAGCAUUGCUCUCAACAACUGGUGGUUUGUAUCCCAUUUGACAGACCUCUUGGAUCACUGCAAACUCCUGCAGUCUCACAAUCUACACUUUGGCUCCAACUUGAGAGAGUUUCUCCUGUUAGAAUAUGCAUCUGGCCUCUUCACCCAUCACAGUCUUUGGCAGUUGGCUGUGGACUACUUUGACAACUGUCCAGAGUUUGGUCGCGUUUACCUGGAGCUACAGAUUGAGCGAGUUCCUUUAGACACAGAGCGCAAAGCCCUCAAGGUGCUCAGGGUCUGCGAGCAGAGGCAAAUGUCAGAGCAAGUGCGGAGUAUCUGUAAGAUCAUGGCUAUGCGGGCACUGAGGAACAACAGACUGGGCUCUGCUCUGUCCUGGAGCAUCAGGGCCAAAGAUGCUGCCUUUGCCACCCUCAUUUCAGAGAGGUUCCUACAGGAUUACUGUGCGAAAGGGACUUUCUCUGAUCUGGAUCUGAUAGACAACUUGGGUCCGGCUAUGCUGCUCAGUGACAGGCUGACUUUCCUUGGAAAGUACAGAGAGUUCCACAAGUUAUACGGAGAAAAGAGCUUCAGGGAGGCAGCAAAGCUGCUCCUCUCCCUCAUGACGGCCAAGAUCGCCCCCCGUAGCUUCUGGAUGACUCUGCUGACUGACGCCCUGCCGCUGCUCGAGCAGAAAGAGGUGAUCUUCUCAGCAGACCAAACCUAUGAGCUGAUGUUCUGUUUAGAGGAGCUGACCUCCUCAAUGAACACCACAGCUCCCACUAGAGACAAGCCCAUGCAGGAGGAAGACCUAGAGCUGACUAAAGUGGAGCUUCUGAGACUCGCUCUGGCCAGAAACCUGGCUAUGGCUAUAGUCAAAGAGGGAACUGUGGAAACAUGAACGGCAACUUUUUUUUGUAUUGUGUAUAUAAAAAUCUAGUAAUCAAAAUGUGCUCUUUGAUAAUAAAACUUCUCAAGAUUUA